AUGACAGGUCCUCGCAUUGGACUGUUUCCAGAGAAGAACAACUAUGAAACGACACAUGGCAGCAGCGGCCUAAUUUCUACAAACAAUACCGAUAAGGACGAAGAAGAAGAUGCCUGGAGAACAGGAGAAAGCGAUCUACAUGCAACUGGAGUUGAGAGCGGCUCGGCGGCUGCCGAAAGGACUUCUCAAGUGGAAAUGAGGAUCCUGGAAGACAUUCUAAUGGAAGAUAUGGUCUGUGGAUACGAGGAAUUCCAAGAGCGCAUCAAAAAUGAUAGAUUUUACUUGACAAAGCGCUAUAAUACCAAAGUUGGCUUGAAUGAGCUGAAUACAGACGCAGAUGCCAGAAGGGAUGAUAUUGAUUUCUUGACGUAUUCACAGAAAGUCGCUUCAGAGUACUCCUUUCGCGAAAAGGCAGAAAAAUUGCUGAAGUCUAUCAACAAACAGCCUAUACGUGUGUUAACUGGGGAAGAGUUACAUGAGAACUAUGCCCGGGGGGAGGAAGAACUUGUGCCAGUGCGGCCUGGCACCUUUGGUCUUCGCCAUUUUUUUAAGAGUUCUGUAAAAGGCCGCAUGUUGCGACAACCCACCGAGAGUGAUUUGGUGAACACAAAUGGUGGAAUAUCCGCUAGCACACAAGUGAUAGAUUUGGAAAAAAACGGGCAGCGUGCUAUAGAUGAGUCAUCUAAUAAGUCAAACAUAUAUGAGUCUCACAGAAAAGAACUGCUACCGAAUGGAAUUCACCACCCUACUAGCCGAGGAUGUUUACGGAAUGCUUUAAUAUAUUUGAUUAACAACCCGCUAUGUGAGUCAUUAAGGAAGCCAGAUCGGUAUCAUAUACAGAGGAAGUUGAAAGUGAGGCACCUUCAAAUGAUAGCCAUUGGUGCAUCAAUAGGUGUAGGCCUAUUCUUGACAUCAGGAAAUGCCUUCGCUGUUGCAGGCCCUUUUGGAACGUUGCUUGGUUUCUCUAUCUGUGGCACAGUCUGUUUGGCGACAAUGUUAUCCUUUACAGAAUUGUCCACAUUAAUACCAAUUUCUUCUGGUUUCUCUGGCUUGGCAUCCAGAUUUGUUGAAGAUGCAUUCGGCUUUGCAUUGGGCUGGUCUUACUGGCUUUCGUUUACUGUCACAUUUCCAAGUCAAAUCAUAGCCAGCAUUUUUAUGUUAAGUUACUACGAAAAGGUGGUGGCGACACGAAUCUCCACUGCUGGACUGGUCACCGUAUUCUGGUUAUAUGCUACUGCGGUAAACUUGCUAGAUGUCCGGCUUUUUGCCGAAGUCAAUUAUAUAUCUGCCUUCGUGAAAGUCCUAAUCACAAUCCUGGCGAUGAUACUAAUGCUUUUCUUGAAUGUGCGGGGAGUAGAUGGCAAGAGCGGCGCAAUAGGUUUCAGAUUCUGGAAUAGUUCAAGUUCAGAAACAGAAUUAACAUACGGUUUAUUUCGACCGACGUUUGAUCUUCAUGAUACAGGCCAGGGCAGCCUUAAUGGAAUUGGAGGGGCUAGGGGACGGUUUUUAGCCAUUAUACUAGUGGUAUUAAUAUCGACGUACUCAUUUAACGGAGUAGAGAUGGCUUUCGUAGCUAGUGGGGAGGCUAUCAAUCCUCGGAAGACUUUGCCCUCUGCUACGAAACGUGCUUUUACUAAGAUUGUAACAUUAUACAUUCUUUCUAUCACGUUUGUUGGCUUAAACAUGUAUAGUGGCGACCCGAGACUGUUGAGAUAUGGCGUGGAUGUACCAACUGUUGUGUACAGAAAUACGCCCGGUUUACAGUGGCAGCGAGAUUAUAGCUGCAUGGAACAGGAUAUUAUGCAGUUGCACAACAUGGAAAACGGCAAUAGGAGCCCAUGGAUCUUGGCCCUACAGAGCUUCGGUCUCUGCUCUCUUGCCUCUGCCUUUAAUGGAGUUCUGGUUUUCUUUGGCAUUAGCGCGGCAUCUUCCUCUCUUUUCGCGUCGAGCAGGACGCUAUAUUCAAUGGCGACACAACAGAAGGCUCCGAAACUGUUCCAAACAUGCACAAGCUAUGGUGUACCAUGGAUUGCAAUCUUGUUUUCAGGAUCAUUUGGCAUCAUCGCCUAUAUAUCUGUUGCUGAAUCAUCGAUGGCGAACUUUCAAACCCUCAGCAGCAUAGCAAGCGGCACAAAUGCAAUAAUAUGGCUAGGAUUAAACGUUUCAUUUCUACGGUUCUACUAUGCAUUAAAGCGAAGACCAGAUAUUAUUUCAAGAGAUGACCCGACAUAUCCAUAUAGAUCACCCAUGCAGCCAUUUCUAUCAUUUUAUGGCCUAAUUGGUUCCGGCCUUGUAGUCAUCUUUAUGGGGUUCACGAAUUUCCUUCACGGAUUCUGGUCCACGAGAUCAUUCCUCUCAUCUUAUGGAGGACUAAUAUUCUUUAUAACAUCAUAUUUCGCAUACAAAUUGUUCGGCGCGUCUAAGAUCCAGAGUCUCGAACAGUUAGAUAUGGAUACUGGCAGGCGCGAAAUGGAUAGAAUGAUAUGGGAUGAACAUCGUCAAUAUUCUGGCAGUUUGUGGGAACGUUUUAAGUAUGUGAUCACGUGGUUAUUAUAA